AUGACUCUAGACCAUGCUAAGGUUGUUAUUGUAGAGCUAGUAGAGACCUACAACACCUUUGGCAGCCAUACUACAAGUGGUGAUGGGACUUAUUAUUUCACUGUGGUAGCAUAUAACAGAGCUCUGGAUCCCUCAGAUCCAGUUUGUUCAGAUGGAGUAACCAUAGACAGUUCAGUCCCAGGAGUUCAGGAAAUAGUUGUGAAAGAUUCUCAUAUCACGGGAGGACUAAUAAAAGAUUCCACAAGUACUAACUAUUACAUUUUGGGAUCUGAUCGUAUGAGGAGACUAAUACCUAAUCCCACUGCAGGUUGUGUGAGUAAAGCAACAUCACUGAACGACAUAGAUCUAUACCCUCAGGAAAAGUUUGACAAUGGAAGUCUGGUAGAAGUGGAUGGAAAUGUUUUCUGUGGUAACUCUUCGGGUGCACCAAGUAACAUAGGAUUAACAUUGUAUAAAUCUUCUUUGAUGGAGAUAUCUUGGGAACCUGUAGAAAUUCCAGCCAAAGUAUAUGAUUAUGAACUAGGAUUUUCAUCAACAUCAGGAAGUGCUGCACCAGAUAUCAUGGCAUUUGAAUCAACAAAACAACAUGCCCACCACAGAGUGGUUCAUACAAACAUACCAGAUGGAACACAAUUCUAUAUCAUAAUAAAAAGCAUCAGUAAAUCUAACGUAGAAGGAUUAACAACUUUAGGUCCAUGUUUUAUGGAUACAACACCACCAGAGUUUGUUGGUAGCAGCAGUGUAUUUACAGUAGAAUUGUCAGGGGACUACCUUAUAACUUCAUGGCCUGAAGACGCUGUCUCCGACAGUGAAGAAUUCUUCCAGCUUGACUACAACUUUGCUGUUGGUCACACAGCAUAUGGUACAGACAUACAAGAUUUCCAACCAUUACAGUCAGGAGAUAGCUGUACCUUGACUUAUCCACCAAACUGUACUGCAGUCGAUAUAACAAAUAUGGACUGGUUUCUGCAUGGCCAUCACUCAUACUAUGUGUCAAUCAAAAUAACUAACAGUGCAGGACUGGUAACCAUUCAGACAUCUGAUCCAUAUAUUCAUGAUGUUCAAUUGCCAGCUGAGGGAGUUAUUAUAGAUAUUGACCCACAGAAUUUUGUCACUGAUAUUCCAUUAAAGGACAUAGAAGAUAUAGAUUUUCAGACAUCUGCUAACAGCUUGUCAGCUCGAUGGUCAGGAUUUGCUCAUCCACAUUUAGAUGUGACGUACAAUAUAAGUAUUGGUACAACGGUAGGAGGAAGUGAUGUAGUGUCUAUGAAAGAUGUCGGUACAAGUUUGUCUCACGAAGAAUUAGGAUCAACUCUGACACCAUUUGAGACAUACUAUUUAACUGUGACUGCUAUAAGUUCAGCAGGUGAUACAGCAGUGUCGUCUGAUGGUGUAACCAUAGUAACAGAAAAUGAUGCCCUAUCAGGAAUUACAAUCAAUGAUGGGAAACCCUGUAAUAUGACUGAUAUAACUUUGGGCCAUCAUGAAGAUGACAACAGAAUAUAUUGUGCAGAUGAUGUUGAUGUUCAGAUGUCCACUAGCUCUCUUAAAGCGUACUGGUCUGUACCAGUAGGUCUACAACCAUACACAAGAGAUGCUUACAUUGCUAUAGAAAAAAGAACUGGAACUGGAAAUAUGUGGACUACUUUUAGAGAUUUUGUGCAUUAUUCAACCGUUUUUGAUGUUAGUAUAGAUGAUCUGAUAUUAGAUCCAGGAAUUAAAUACCGUAUUGUACUGAAACUGUGUGCGAGGACCAUUUGUUUCCAAACUAUCCACACGGAUGGUGUCAUGGUGAUAGCAAAUCCUCCCACAGCAGGAGACAUUACCAUAGAACAUCUAAAUACCACAGAAGGAAAUGGGGUUGAGAAGUUAUUGGUGUCUUUCAAUCAAUUUUAUGACCCUGAUAUUGAAGAUACGAAAGAAAAAUAUGAUGCUGUUGACAAGUAUGAGUUUGCCAUCACAGAUAACUCUAUACACGGAAAGCCCUACAUGACAUGGACUAAUCUAGUCACCUUUACAACUACUGCAAAUCAGAUAUCAUUUGAAUAUGGAUUUAAUGGUACAAUGGAUUUUUCAAAAUGUAAAAGAUUUUCUAUAAGAGGAUACAACAAUGUCAAGUUAUACACAACCAUAUCUACUGAGGUUAAAGACUGUGAUGCAUAUAACCCUGUACUGAUAAUACCUAAUAUUGUCAUUGAUGCUGUUGGAGCUCCUGAUGCUUUAGAUAGUCAUGGGAAACUGAUUUAUCUGGAAGAAAAUGCAUAUUGGCCAGAGCCAGACAUGGAUUAUACCCCAUACAAGAAUCUAAUAUCUGCUGUGUGGCCUACUCUACGUCAUAAGGAUUAUGAUUAUGCUAUAUUAGAUGCAAAGACUGUAGAUGUAACAACAUACUACCGUCAGAUAAGCCAGCUGAAUUUAGAAAAGCCUUGUGAUCAUCCUGACAGUAUAAGAUGUGGCCAUACAAAUAUUUGA